AUGGCUGAGGCAUGUGUUUACAACGACAGGGUUAUAGAGCCACUUACGGAGGAGAACUCUGGAGAGUGGUUUAAUUUGGUUAAAAACUAUCUCAUAGUUCACCAUCUUUGGAGAGUGAUGAUUGACGGUACAACUCCUCAUCAAGAUGAUCCCUCUUGGAGACAAAAGAAUGAAGAAGCAUUGCGCAUCUUGCGCAUCUCAUGCUCGCCCCAGACUCGCCAUCUCAUAGAAGGAGUCGCUGAAGCCAAUGCUGCCUGGCGCAUUCUUCGUCACAACUUCGCCCACAAACCAUCUGUUACUGUGAACGCAGCGGGAGCAGGUUCACUUGAUGUGGGCAUUUUGUACAAUGCUAUAUGUGCUAACAACUGGGAGGCAGCAGAAGAAUUCCUUGACCGACAUCCAAGUGCCUUGACUGCGAAAGUUACAGCCGCAAAUGGAACACCUCUCCAUGUGGCUGCACUUUUUGGACAUGUAGAACUAGUGGAGGAGUUGGUGAGAUUAGCUGACCCAGAGUUCCUGGAAAUAGUCGACGAUUAUGGCUCUACUCCACUUGCAAUUGCUGCAUCCACUGGGGUCGUGGAAAUCGCAAAAUGCAUGCUUAAUAAGAAUAGAAACAUACUAGACACUCCGGACUUGAGAUAUCAUCUUCCUGUUGCAUUGGCCAUUGGUGCUGGUCAGAAAGAAAUGGGACGUUUUCUCUAUGAGGAAACCCCAUUGGAAGUACUGAAACCCCAAAAUGGCUAUCUAGGUUCUCGACUUCUUCGUGCAUGUUUCGAAGCCGGUGAACUUGAUAUUGCUCUGCGUCUACUUGAACAAUGCGAAGAUAUCAUUUUUGCUGCAGACCACACCAAUUGGACACCAGUUGCCGGUAUAGCAAUCAUGCCUUCUGCAGUUGAGAGUGGAAGUCAUCAACUUGGAUUCUGGAAAAGAUGGAUUUAUCAUUGUGAGUAG